AUGGAGCGGGCGGUAGUGACGCGCCUGGGCGUGGUGGUGGGGAGUAUAGUGUGUGCAGCGAUCGGUGGCGCCCUACUGACCCAGUACAUCUUCACCAUGAAGAAGAAAGCCGGCCGGAAGACUAAGAUCAUCGAGAUGAUGCCAGAGUUCCAGAAGAAAACUGUCCAUAUUAGGAAUCCUGAAAGGGUAGAGGAAAUCAUAUGUGGUCUCAUUAAAGGAGGAGCAUCAAAACUUCAGAUAAUCACGGAUUUUGAUAUGACGCUGAGCAAGUUCUUACAUAACGGAAAAAGAUGUUCAACCUGUCACAACGUCAUUGACAACUGCAAGUUAAUCACAGAGGAAUGUAGGAAGAAGUUGCUGCAGAUUAGAAACAAAUACUAUCCAAUUGAAGUUGAUCCCAGCAUUAGCACUGAGGAAAAAUACCCUUUCAUGGUGGAAUGGUGGACAAAAUCUCACACCUUAUUGAUUGAACAAGGAAUUCAGAAAGAGAAAUUGGCUGCGGUGGUGAGGGAAUCGGAUGUGGUUCUGAGGGAUGGUUAUGAGGUGUUUUUCGACAAACUGAAUGAACACAACAUCCCAGUGUUCAUUUUUUCAGCUGGUAUUGGUGAUGUGCUGGAAGAGGUAAUUUCUCAGGGCGGGGUCUUCCACUCCAAUGUGAAAGUAGUCUCCAACUUCAUGGAUUUUGAUGAGAAGGGAGUCCUGAAAGGCUUUAAAGGUGAACUCAUCCAUGUUUAUAAUAAACACGAUGGAGCCUUGAAGAGCUCUGAGUACUUCAACAAACUGAAGGACAAUUGUAACAUCAUUCUUCUGGGAGAUUCGUUGGGUGACUUGAGUAUGGCAGAUGGUGUUCAAAAUAUUGAGAGCAUACUCAAGAUUGGAUUCUUGAAUGAUAAGGUGGAAGAAAGUUUAGAGAAGUACGUGGACUCCUAUGAUAUUGUACUGGUGGGUGACGAAACAUUGGAUCUAGUCAACGCUAUCCUUCAGAAGAUACUGUGAAUGGAGGACUGAAGUUUCCAGGGAACUUAGAGCUGAAAUACUCUUCUAACUUUUUGUUUCAUUGCUCAAACUAUUUAUUGAAAGUGCCCCUGUUCUUCAACACCCUGAUCUGAACAAUGUUUGUAUUUUUAAAAUCUGAACUUGGCAAAUGAAUGUGUCCUCCAAUGAAUGAAGAGAAUUUUAGCAUUUCUUAAGUCAGUUAGCCACUCAUGGAAUUGGGUCAGUAAAAGCCUGCUUCAGAGAUUUAGACUACCUCCAGGCUUCUUGGUAUAAAUUUUUUCUCUAGCAUUUGAAAAAGAUUACAUUGAUGAGUAUUGUGUGCUUGGCUUAUUGAACUCCAAAUUGCCCACGUGUACUCACAAAUUGUUUUGUCUAUACAAUGAGUAUUAGACUGUUUUAAGUUAAUUGUUUUCAAAACAUUUCGUAGUUGUAGAUAAUUCUGAGGAUACUUGUGUUUAUUUGGCCAGACCGGUUUAUUAUUAUUUUGCAUUAUCUGUUUAUUUUUAAAUGAAUUAUGUAGAUACAAAAAUGUAUGGAAAAUUAAACUAGUGAAAAGUACUAUCUUAAUACGAUCGAGUUUCUUAAUGUUGUUAUUGGACUCCUGUAAAUUCCAGCACUCUAUCAUAUUUCUAGUUUUCAUCCAAGCUUCUUUUGGAGCUGACAAACUCCUUGCCUUGUGUGAUGAGGCCAAAGCUAUAUUUCAAUUAACUGUUAAUUUGCAUGUG